AAGGGAGAUAAAGGCACAAACUCUAUUCUGAAAUCUCAUUUAUUUAAAUGUGUUGCCACAAUAAAGGUUCACAAAUUCUGUAGCUACUGCACUGCAUUUGGAACUGAGAUAAAAUUCAAAGAGGCAAGCCACUGAGAAUAUUGUUAUGGCGUCAGAGAGUCAAAAAGAUGAAACUGUGAUUAACAUGGUCAUGAGUCCACUGCCAAGUUCCUAUGAAAACUUAUUGGCAUAUGAGUUGUCUAUGUCAUCUAAGUUUUCCAUCUUUCAAACCCCGAAAAUUCUUUCUAGGCACAACAAAGCAGCAUAUAAGCCAAAUGCAUUCUCGAUUGGGCCAUUCCACUACAGAGCUAACAAACAACUCGAAGCCACACAACAAAUAAAAUUGAAGUAUUUGCGAGACCUCCUCGCACGAUCAAACAAUCCAGAGGAGCAAUAUAGUCAGCUCACAGAAACCAUCAGAUCGAUUCAGCGAGAGGCGCGGGGCUGCUAUGCAGGGCCGGAAGCAUUUGUAGAGAUUUUGGUACUUGACGGUUGCUUCAUUAGUGAGUUGUUCCGCAAAGAUGCCAAAGAAAAACUUAGAGAUCCAAAUGACGCCAUAAUCACCAUUUCUUGUUUCCAAGAAUAUUUAAACCAUGACCUGAUUUUGCUUGAAAACCAAAUUCCUUGGAUGGUGCUUGAGCGUUUGUUUAGCUUGACCAAACUUUCUCCCGACGAAUCCCUAAUCCACCUUGCCCUUAAAUUCUUCGGUAAUAUAUUCUCAUCCUAUGAACCAUCUGUUACACCAAAUAAAUUCCAAGAACGUAACAUCGAAAUCAAACAUAUCCUUGACUUGUUGAGGCAUUCCUUGCUUUUACCAUUAUCAUCAGAUAAGUUCAAUGAUAAACCCACGAGAUGGGAACCCUUCCCUUGUGCUACAAAGAUCAACGAGGCCGGUAUCACGUUUAAGAAAGGAGAGGCAGAUAGUAUUUUGGAGAUAAACUUUGCAAAUGGUGUUCUGGAGAUUCCACCUCUACUAAUUCAAGAGACAACUGAAACCAUUCUCCGAAACCUCAUCAGCUUUGAACAAUGUUGUCCAAAUUAUCAACCCAUAGUCACUUCUUAUGCGAAACUCAUGGAUAAUCUCAUUGACACCGACGAAGACGUUGAGAUACUCAGGGAGAAGAAUAUUAUCGAUAAUUGGUUGAAUCCAGAGGACGCAAAGCAAUUAUUCAACAAGCUAUACCAGGAUACAUAUGUGAAGCAGUUCUUUUAUCGUGACAUUUGCGUGAAAGUGACGAGACAUUUUGAACGAUGCUGGCCCAGAUGGUGCGUUUUCUAUUUACACAACUUCACCAGCCCCUGGGCUAUGGUUUCUCAGGCAGUUGGUGCAAUCCUUUUUAUUCUCGCAUUCUUGCAGACCUUGUAUUCCAUUCUGGGUGUCGUGGGAGAUAAAAAGCCUUAAUGUUCUGAGUGUUUGGUGACAACCAUUAAUUUGCUAGGAGUUUAAUGUAGAAAUUGAUAAUU